AUGAAGCGGUCGGAGUACAGGCCAACCGCUGUUUAUCGUGGGGAGCUCGCUGACCCGGACCUGCCAGAGGUCCCGUCUGGGCGUCAGAAGCAAAUUGACAUUGGGGCGGCGGAGGUGGCGGCGGAGGAGAUCCUUGAACAGUCCCAUGAAUGGAAUAGAUCCCUUUACGUGGUUUUUGUGUACUUUGAGAAGGCUUUUGACAGGCUGCACCGAGACUCCCUCUGGAAGAUUCUGCGACAUUAUGGCAUCCCUCAGAAACUUGUCAAUGUCAUCAGGUCCCUGUACGAAAACUUUGAGUGCAGAGUCAUCCACAACAACCAGGUCACUGAACCAUUCAAGGUGGAAACUGGAGUGAAGCAAGGAUGUAUCCUCUUGCCGCUCCUCUUUUCAAUGGCAAUUGACUGA